CUUCGUGCGAAAGUAACGGAAAUGCGACGUAGGAUAUUGGCCCCACGCCUACACAUAUACUACUGCUAGUAUGAUAUUCGGGCAGUGUGUACACAGACCAAUCAGACAUUGACUUUGAUUACAUAGGAGCUCUCUCUCUUUUUUAUUAUUUUUAAUUCAGUGGAUUUCACUCGAUCCUCUCUUCUCUCUCGUUGCUCCUUUCAAGGUUUCUGCAACUGUAAUCAGAGAUUGGCUCAUGAAAUCUAUGGUUUAUAUUAAUGGCUGAGACUAGAAGAUAUCUUCCUAAUCAAGCACUUGCAGAUUUACGGCAGAUUUUGGAGGAAGCGAAACACCGUUGGCUUCGGCCAAGUGAGAUCUUAGAAAUAAUUCAAAACUAUCAGAGGUUUAAGUUGACUCCAGAUCCACCUAUUAGGCCUUCAGCUGGUUCUUUAUUCUUGUUUGAUCGAAAAGCACUUCGAUACUUUCGUAAAGAUGGUCACCGUUGGAGGAAGAAAAAAGAUGGAAAAACUGUCAGAGAAGCUCAUGAAAAGUUGAAGGCUGGCAGUGUGGAUGUUCUUCAUUGUUACUAUGCCCAUGGAGAGGAAAAUGACAGCUUUCAACGACGAUGUUACUGGAUGCUUGAUGCGAAGUUGGAGCAUAUUGUCCUUGUGCACUACAGAGAAGUAAAAGAGGGGUACAGGUCUGGUGUAUCUCAUUUGCUAUCACCUCCAGUUGCAAAGGUUGACAGCCCUCAACCCUUUUCUGCUUCACCCUUUCCGCAAACAGCAUCUCCAGCUUUUACAGCUCAGACGUCUUAUGCAUCGAGUCAAAACAGAGCUGUCUGGAAUGAUCAAACAUUAUCUUCAGAACUUGAGGAGGUUGAUUCUAGAGAUGAUCCCAGAGCAGAAUCCUUUACUGGACCUGGCUACAGUCCCGUGCCACAUAAUGGUUCUUUAUUUGCUACUGAAGUUGAAGGACUCCAUGUGUCAUCACAGAAUCCUGCUGGAUCAUUUUUUAUUGGAGCUAAUCACAGCACUGGAUCAUCCCUGUGGACUGACAAUCCCAGCUUCAGCAAAACAGCAUAUGAUGUGCUUGACAAGAAAUUCUAUAUUGGACAACCUGGUGGAACUGACUUCAUUUCAAAUAAGUCAAAUUCUGAAUUAGGUGGUGAUGCUCCAGAUGCUGUGGCUCCUGCAGAUCGAUUGACUAUUGACAUAGAUGAUCAAGCACUAGUAGGAGCAGUUCCUCAGAGAUUAAUUCAGGAGCACGAUUUUAAUUUGAUUCAUCCCCAGUUUCUUAAUCAUUCUAGCUUUCAGACAGCUGCUUCUACUGCCGAAACUGAUGACAAGUCCAAAGAUGGUGAAUCUGCAAAUGAAUUAGGGGAGCUUAAGAAACUUGACAGUUUUGGAAGAUGGAUGGAUAAGGAAAUUGGUGGAGAUUAUGAUGAUUCUUUGAUGGCCUCUGACUCUGGCAAUUAUUGGAAUUCAGUGGGUGCUGAGAAUGAAGACAGGGAAGUCUCCAGUUUAUCACAUCACAUGCACUUGGAUAUUGAAUCAUUGGGUCCUUCUCUUUCCCAAGAACAAUUAUUUAGCAUUCGUGAUUUCUCUCCAGACUGGGCUUAUUCUGGUUCUGAAACAAAGGUUCUAAUAAUUGGCAUAUUUUUAGGAAGCAAGAAGUUUUCCCAGGAAACCAAAUGGGGAUGUAUGUUUGGUGAAAUUGAAGUUACUGCUGAAGUUCUGACAGAUAAUGUUAUCAGAUGUCAUGCUCCUCUACAUGCUACUGGGCGGGUCCCAUUCUAUAUCACCCGUCGUAACAGAUUAGCAUGUAGUGAGGUAAGGGAAUUCGAGUUUCGUGAGAAUCCAUCAAGCAUCGCUUUUUUGACCAUCAGAAGUGUGCAAGAUAAGAUGCUCCAUUUGCAAGUGCGUCUAGCAAAGUUACUAAAUCUAGGCCCAGAUAGGAAAUGGUUGGAUUGCUCAAUUGAGGGAUGCAACAAAUGUAAGCUAAAGGAGACCUUAUAUUCAAUGAGGAAAGGUAGCACUGAUGAAGUCACUUGUGUUGAAACCAAAGAUAAUUUGGUCCAGAGUUUGCUGAAGGACAGGCUUUGUGAGUGGCUGAUCUUUAAAGUUCACGAAGGAGGUAAAGGGCCAGAUGUGUUGGAUGAUGAAGGCCAAGGAGUUAUUCACUUGACUGCUGGUCUUGGUUAUGAUUGGGCUGUGAGACUUGUAGUGGCUGCCAGUAACAAUCCUAAUUUCAGGGAUGCACAGGGAAGAACUGCACUUCACUGGGCAUCAUUUUUUGGGAGAGAAGAAACAGUUAUUGCACUUGUUAGAUUGGGUGUGGAUCCAGCUGCCGUUGAUGAUCCAACCACAGCGUUUCCUGGCGGACGAAUUGCAGCUGAUUUAGCAUCAAGUCAAGGACAUAAAGGAAUAGCUGGAUACUUGGCUGAAGCAUUUUUAACUAGUCACCUUUCUUCAUUAAAUAUCAAAGAUGUGACAGAUAGUGUUACUGCUACCAUUGCGGCUGAGAAGGCUACUGAGGAUCUAGACCAAGUCGCUAUUCCGUUAAAUGGGCUAGUGGAUGAUCAGUCCUUGAAAGGAUCUCUUGCUGCUGUCAGAAAAUCAGCUCUUGCAGCAGCUCUUAUUCAAGCAGCCUAUCGGUCUUAUUCUUUCAACUGUAAACAAUUUCCUAAGAUCAGUGAUGAUUCUGAAGUUUCACUUGACCUGGCUGCCCUUGGUUCUCUGAACAAGGAUCAAAGGAGUCACUUUGAAGAUUAUUUGCAUUCUGCAGCUGUAAAGAUCCAACAGAAAUAUCGUGGCUGGAAGGGGAGAAAAGAUUUUUUGAAGAUACGCAACCGAAUUGUAAAAAUUCAGGCUCAUGUGAGGGGACAUCAGAUACGUAGGCAAUAUAAAAAAGUUCUUUGGUCUGUCAGUAUUGUUGAGAAGGUAAUACUGCGUUGGAGGCGUAAGGGAUCUGGUUUGCGAGGAUUUCGGGCAGAAAAGAUAACAGGAGAUGCAGUAUCAGAAACUGACAAAACUGAUGAAUAUGAAUUUCUGAGCAUUAGCCGCAAACAGAAGUCUGCUGGAGUUGAAAAUGCUCUUGCAAGGGUCAAGUCAAUGGUUCGAGACCCUGCAGCACGUGAUCAGUACAUGAGGCUAGUUGCAAAAUCUGAGAAUCUCAAGAUGAGUGAUGAAGGGAUUAGGGUAUCAGAAGAUGAAAGUUAAUUGUUAAUGAUAGUUGACAAUUUCAUAUCGUAAUAGCUGAUUAAUGAUCUGGUCAGUUGAUGUCAGUAUUAGAUGGAAUCAAGCUGCUGCAUGGUUCAUCUGGCUUGCUAAUCAUCAUUCAAUAACUAACAUCAAGGAUUGUUUUUGUUACCAAAAUCUAAUGGGGGAAUAGGAUUGGGUAAGUUGAAUUGUACAAAAGCACUAGUCAAUCUUUAGCUGGUAUAGUGGAAAAGGAAUUUGCUCCUGUCAAUUUGAGUAGAUGAACAUGGCAUCAGCGUUUAGAAUCUGAAAAUGGCGUUUGCCUAAUUUCAAUUUUUUAACAAAGCAAAAGGCAAGUGUGUCUGUGAUUCUCUCA